UUCCGUUCAGAUCGGUCGCGUUUCAUACACACAAAUCUGCAUUCUGAACGAGUUGCUUUUAUUUUAUCACAUUAAUUAGAAACAACAAUAAAAAAAGGAACUAUUUCACAUGUUUGUGUCUCUUUACACACUGUCAUUGACUCUAUUUUGAGUGCGAAUCACAUAAAUUUUACCUUUCAAAACAGCUGCACAAUAUUCCAUAAGUGUAUGGUGCAAUAUGAACACUUUUCAAUUGGAAUUUAAUUAAAACCAUGAUGGUGCUACUUUGAUAGUGGGUGAAAAUUGUGCUGAAAAGAAUGUAUACAAUGUGCUAGAAAGGCGACGUGAAACUGAAACUGUUAAUUUGUGACUAUCGAUUGGCUUCAUAUAUGUAAGCUUGUAAUCAGAUGUGUGCUAAUCAAAUAUCAAAUUACUGUUAAAUCCAUACAAAAAUUGUGUGUGUGCGUCGUGUGACGGUGCUUCAACCACAUUUUUUCGACGCUUUUCUUUUGUGUCGAAUAUUUUAUGUAAUUACGAAAAUCGUGCAAUGUUACAUCAUACCAUUCAAACUCCUUGGCUACGAAUUGAUUGAAGUUUGAUUUGCAACACCCUUUCUACAAUCAUCAGUCAUCGACCAAAAGCAGCAAGACACUCAAUCAAACUACGUCGGACAACGAUAUAAUUGAUUGGAUCGUUAAAGAAAAAUUCCCGGUCGAAUGCCAUGAGAGACGAGCCGUAGAGAUUGGUGUUCGCCUCUGAAUUCAACUGACCGUGUUACAAAACGAAAUGGUAAAUUGUGGAAAAGCAUUCAGCAUUUGAAGUGUGUGGCAGUGGAAGAAGAAUAAGUCCAAAGUGAACACCUCAAGAAAUCGCCGCAGCAGUAGCAGCAGCAGCAGAGUCGUCGAGAAAAAUCAUACAAAAAUUAUUAUGAACACCAAGAAUAGCUCUUCAAAACGGAAUACAACAAUCGCGAAAGAAUUUUUCUGAAUUUACUUCAACGUCGUUGGAAAAGCGAAAAAAGCAACAACAACAACAAACGAAACGAAACGAACAAAAUGAAUAACCGUUUUGCUAUUCGUUCGCGUCGUACGUAGACAGUUUUAGCGCAAAAAUCUUUGUGCGGGGAAGUGAUUCAUGCGUCUCGUACACUCUCCAGAGACCGAGAGAGCAUACAUAUAAUAAUAAAAAAAAAUAUUCUCGUCCAUAUAUGGUAAAGAGCACAUGCAUUGUGGCUUCGGCAUGUUUUGACUCUACUAUCGGUUUGACAUUAAACAAACGAUGUUUGUGCAUAUCGCACUCCUCGUCACUGGUUUUUUUUCUUAGUCGCAAGUAAAUGAGUGUGUGUGCUGAAUUCAGACAAAAAUAAAAACUAAGCCGUAAGACAUCACACACUACUCUGGUUUUGUUGGAUUGUUGACAGAGUCUGAGCGACUAAGUACAACGAACACGAAGAAAAAUAUAAACUAGUCAACUUUUGUAAGCAAAUAAAAUCAACAAGACAUAAAAUAAUCCGACUGCGUGCCGAAACAAAACAGCAAAUAAAAACACAACAAAAAACAUUUAAGCUCGCUUCGAUCGUUCGAAAUGAUAGUGAAAAUCUGAUUUGAAUUUGAUUCACAUUCAUUGUUGUUCGCAAUUUCUCCGCGUGCGUACUGCAAUUUCUUUCUAAUCCGGUGUAGUUUUGCAUUCAAGCUGGUGUGGUAGGCGAUUGUGAUUGGUGUGCGUAUGAACGAACUAACGAACAAACGAGCAUUCAUGUUGAAAUUCUUGUGCUCUCGAUUUGCGAUCGCAGCGGCGGCACCAGUUUCUACAGACCUUUGGUUCACACUUGUGCCAAAUUCGUGCCGUGUAAAAGACUCUGAGUUUUGUAGCUCUAAAAAGUUGUCUUAAUUUCUACGAUUAGUAAACGGAAUCAUCAAGUUGGAAAAGAAGAAGAGGAAAAGCACGAAAGAAAUCGUAAAUAAAAGUGCGCGAUGAAAGAUUAAAAAGUAGUCCCCACACACAAACAAACAAAGUGAAACAAUUCUCGAUUCAAAGCGAGAUCCGAUGAGAAAAAAACGAGCGUCGAACGAAAUUGUAAGUGCGAACUAAUGUGAAAAAAAUAAAUUUUCGCAAAAUAGACUAUUUUUUCUUGUGUGUGAAGUGAGAAGAUGCAUUGGAGAAACGUUUAAAGCGGCUUAGAUAUUUUAGAAAGAUUUGCUUUUGUUCAAGUGGUUUUUAUUUCUUGGUUCCGUCGUGUGUCUAUCGUUCGUUCGAUCGUUCGGUGUGUAUUGUUCAAUUCAACUGACGUCAGUAGACGUAAGCAACACCGAAUACUAUUGAAAAACCAGAAAUUCGAUUUUGAUUGAUCCGGUGUGUGUGUGUGUGUGUGCGCGAGCGAGCGCAAUGAAUCCACCAACAACCCAAUGCCAUAUUAUGCAUGACUAUUUCAUCGUUCAUAAAGCACUCGCACAUUGCGUACAGUAAUCAUAAUCAAUUGCAACUGUUGAAUACACGGGCGACUGUAAAAUUCGACUUAUUUUACGUGUUUUUAUUAAUCUCCACCUCAAUUUCGAUUGUUUACUGCCCCCGACACGCAUAAUGAAAUAUGAGAGAACGACGAAAAAGACGGAAAAAGAAGACGGAAAAGUAAAAUAGCCAGUAAAAUUCAACAGUCGAAACAGCAGUAGCAGUAAUAACCAGCAGUCAAGCGAGGCGCUGAAGAACUAACAAAAAAUACAAAAAAAAAUAAAGUGAAAAAAUAAACCAACAUACAAGCGCUAGAGCAAUAGCGUAACAUUCAGUUUAGUGGAACUAAUUAAAAACUUUGGCACCAGCAGCAGUAGCAGCAGUAGCUCAGCAGCAUCAGCCAACGACCAAGAAAAAGAAAACGGAUUUCAGUCCAAGUGCUGUUUAUUAGCCAUAGCUUACACUCGACGCAGUGUGUUCACCUUUAUAUUUCACGUAUUGUGAAAGAAAUUCGUAAUGAAACUUAAAACUGAACUCGACAGUGAAUGAACAAAACGAGCACGAGAAAUAAAAAAACAAAUUCGACAGAUAGAAGCGAGGCACAGCAAAAAAAAAGAGAUACAUACAUAUAGACGAUAAAUAGUUUGUGGACACGAAAAGCGUUCAGUGUUCACAAUUAAACCGCAUGCGAAUGUGUGUGUGUGUGCCUCCCGACCACUAUCACCACUUUGAAUAGUAAAUGAUUUCUUUAUAGCUGUGCUUUAUCGUGGUGUUGUUCUGUUUUUUUUUGCAGACUGUUUUAAUUUGUGUUGUCGGAUUGCGCGCGCGCACGUGAAUGUAAAUUAUAAACAAAAGCCGCAAACUGACAAGAUACCCGACCGAUUUGGCUACGGUACACAGAGGGAAAGAAAAGCUCACAUAAAAUAUUUCGCCAUAUUGAAUGAGCAGGCGCGAGGAAAAUAUACCAACAUUUAUAAAUUAUCGUGAACUCGAGUGUGUGUUAAUAAAGUGCAGCCGUUGCGUCAACGAUAAAAGCAACGACAACACGAAAUAGGGAGAAUACGACACAGAAAUUAGUACCAAAAAACCCGCAAAAUGAAAUGGUCUAGUUCAAAUUCAAGCCUAAGCAAUGGCAGUGUUGUUACGAUGGCACUCAACAAUUCAAACAAUAACAAUAGUAGCAUAAGCAGCAGUGGGAGCAACACAUCAUCAAACUACGGCCACAAUGGUAAUAUCGUGCGAUCUACAGCCACGGUUCGUCGACAUGAAAGUGAUCGCAGAAGCAUCUUCUACACCGAUCCCCACGAUAUGGAAAUAUUUUUAAAGAAUCACAACAAUAAAAAAAAGAUGUCACCAUCACUUAGCUCGAGCCGAUUACCCACUAGCAAUGGCAUAACCAAAGUAAGCGCUACAACGAAUGGAAACAGCAAAAAUGGCACAGUUCAUUCGCGUCUUCAGGCUAGCAGAAGCAGUAGCAGCAACGGUGGUGGCGGCGGUGGAGCGACAACAGAAGCCGAUCAAAUGCAACGGCGAAAAUGCGAAAAUCUCAUUUCCUAUUUCACAAACCAAAUCCAAAAUCUGAACAAAGAACUGGAAAUAGAAAAACAUUCGCGUGACACUCAUUUAGCGAAAAUUGCAAAAGCUCUGCUGUGCUUCGAGGCAAAAUUGAAAAACGAUCAGAAACAGAUUCGUCAGCAACUCUACGAAAAGGAUACACAACUGAAUCGUUUGGCUAGCGAAGUGCUAUCGUUACGGGAAAAGUACGGUGUAAAAGAUGAUGAAACGCAACAAAUCGAUCCAGUCGCUCAAUAUUGUCCGAAUUGUCGAAAACAGUACUAUUCGCUUGGCACAGCCGAUGUUAGUGUUCAAGUUAAUAAGCAUGGUCCAAUUUGUCGCGAUGACAUUGAUAAAGAAAAUAAUAUGCGUCCAAACUCAUCGAGCGAAGACGGAUUGGGACAAGUAUUCUCAUCGGAAGCGCGGCGUAGCAAGCGUUAUAUGAGCAAACGAACAUCGGGCACGUUUCGUGAAUACCUAAAUUCCAGAAACAUUGACCUGGCAUUCAACUGCAGUGAUGAAUCGUCGUUUAACAAAAGUUUCGAGAGUUCACAGCCACAAUCCGAGCAAAUGGAACAUAAACCAAUCGUUGAGACAAAAACAAAAGACGGUUUUAUGCGAAAAGGAAGUAUGCGACGAUCAACGAAAUCAUCUGUUGCGAUAAAAUGUGAUAAAAAUGGCAAUAAAUUGAGUGAUAAAACCGAUAAUGAAACGGCAAUCAUCAAAGCGAAAUCGGCGGCCACCGAUUCAAAUGGCAGAAGAGCAUUCGACAUUGAAGUAUCUGCAAAUAACCAGACAACAAAAAGUGUAUCUGGUGCAAAUAAUUCGUUUUUAAAGAAAUACGAUAACGAUGUGAGCAAACCAAAAAAUCCGCAAUUUGAAUCGAAUGACGAUGUAUGGUAUGCGAGCGCAAGCGAUAUGGAUGACUCGGACGGAGCGGUAUCCAAACCAUAUGGCUACAAUGCAGUGAAUCCAGUACUGGAAUGUGUUAAUCAAAUUCUCUUGCAACAAUCAAUGGAUGGCAUAAUGGAGAGCUGUGCGAAUAGAAAUGAUACCAGCACUGAUAUGCCCGCUGCGACCUCAACACCAUCGAACAAUAAUAAUUUAACGGAUUCUCCUCCCAAAGAGACUACAAACACAUUGAAAAAACGUGUACACUUUUCCACACAAAACUCAAUGGUACAAGUUCCACGGUCCGAUAGUUCAUCGAAUUUAUACCGUUUGAAUGCUUCAGCAACGUCAACCGUUGAUGCAUGUAAUGCCAAGGAUCUUAGCUACGCAACCAUAUACGGUAACGAGUAUGAGCCAAUUGGAUCGGAAAAUAAUUCAACAAACCAUUAUGUUGAUAUGGAUUCAAAAUUGGAAGAUGAACGCUGUCCGUCGAUGAUUGAAAAACCAAAAACACCACCAGCUCUGCCCCCGAAGCCACCGAAUCUGCUGAAAUUUCGCCAAAUAUUGAAAAUGUCCUCAUCAUAUCCCGUUGUCGUUCAGUCAACAUCAACGAAAUCCGUUGAUAACGAAUCUGAACCGGACUAUUGUUCCAUUGGUGACGUACAAGAGACAGUUAAAAGCGUACAAAUCGUGGCUGACGUGCAUAAAAAUGCAGACGAUGAUGUAUCAUCACAUGCCAGCGAAGAGACGAAAACUGACAUGACAGAUGAAACAUUCGCUGAUAUUCCAAAGCUACCAAACGUGGUCGCUUUGUUAUCGCCGAAGAAAGAAUCGUCACAUAGCAAGGUCAUCGCUCAAGACAAUUACGUGAUCAAAUCGUCUCCGCCGAAACGUGCAAAACCGGCCGUGUUGCCUACGAAAGCGGUGGUCGCCAAUUUACUGUCUGAAAUAAGUGCACAGAAACCCAAGGGUCCUAUCAGCAAUCAAAUAUCAAAGCCAAAAAUUAUAACUGAACUCGAUGAAAGUACCAAGAAGAAUCCAUUAAAAUUGAUGGGUCAACAGAAAAUGACGACAAUUGUUGAGACAACGACAACGACAAUGUCAACGACGACAACGAAUGCGGCACAACAGCAAAUGGUAUCGGUGCACCCGAUGAAAGCGCUGCCAAUCAUUAAACAGACCGAUAAGAUACUGAUGCCCAUUCAAGCUGAAUUCGAUUGGUACAAUUUAGAUGUUGAAUAUGGAAAAUUGUUACCCACGAACAUUCUGGAAAAUGGAAAAGAAAGCGAAACUCAAGACCAUGUUGAAUACAAUUUGGAUGCGGAGUUUUCGUUGACUUCAUGCUCCGACAAUAAUUCAUCGCUCGAGUCAAGUGGUAGUACCAUUCAUUUUGUUCCCAUUACAGUUGCAGAGGAUUGCAAUGGAUGUGGCGGUAAUCAAAUUUCGGAUGAUGAUAUUGCCAGCACCAAAAAUAAUAUUUUGUUGAAUCCGGCACGUUUGAAGAAACUUAUUAAUAAAACGGCAACCGUUCAGACCGAUGUUAAUGUUAAGUCAUUCGACACAUUCUUAGAGCAAACCGGUUUAACUGAAAAACCAUUACCGCAAAAGCGCAAAAUUUUUUAUAAUGCACCAUUUGUAUAGUGUGUGUGCGCGCGCGAUAUGAAUCAUUCAGUGCGGAACAACAACAACAACGAAAAAUAGUAAAGGCGAAAUAAAGCAGCAACAGCAGCAGCAGCCGUAAUAACAACGAACGAAAGCGACAAUCGAAAUAUGCUAUCGAUUGGAUUUCGACCUUAUAUUUAAAUGAAAACGAAACAAUGGCAAAAUUGAAACGUACUAUUCUAUUGUAAUACUAUAGAUAUAUUUGGGUACCGUUAAGCUUGCAGCAGAAAAAAAAAUAUAACUAUUUGUAUUUAAAGCACGUUCAAAACUAUUUAUUUGUAUUGUGUUUUCCCUCAAUUUUUUUAAUUUGUAUUUUGGCUCAGUAUUUUUUUUUCUCCUCUGUUUAAGAUGUAAUUUAUAAAAUAGAAGUUUGGUGAGCUUAAAAAUGAUGUAGAGAGAGUUCAGUUGGCUUGCUUUACAAUGUACAUAAUAAAAGCAUAGACUAGACUAGUAUUUGUAAAAGUGAUAUUUUUGGCAUUUUGCUCUUUGCUCUAUCUCGAGCUAAUUUAUGUUUGCUAUUCGAAACAAUAGAUGUAACAACAAAUCAUACUUUUCGAGAAAGAGAGACAUUUACAAUUGUCUUUUCUUUUAUUAUCUCUCCAUUCGCAAAAGAUGUGAACAGAAGAAGAGAAAAACGCGCGCAAUAAUUUGCUUCGACUUAACGGAAGUAUAACAUUUUGAAGGACCUUUGCACUAUAUUCAUUACUUUGCGGAGGAUAUGCCAUGAAUGAAGACGAGCCAAAUUUGCAUACGAACCGUAUCUCGCUUUCUUCGGUGCUCGGCACGAUUUGCACUAAAUCAAUACAUCUUAUUCAAUAGUCUCACGAUGAAUAUUAUCGGUGAUUCGCCCGAAUAAUGAUUUGUGAUUAUAUUGAUGGGGAGAGCGAGCGAAAAAAAUUGGUUCCGCUUGAAAAGCAAAAGUAAUUCGGGCGGAUAUCAUUUGAUUGUAAACGGAAAAAUAAAUUGAUCCAAUCGGAAUGUAAUAAAUUCAUGUCCUAGCUCUGCUCUCCAACGUGCCUGAGAGCAAAAAAUGAGAAAUGACACGGAAAAAAACUAGGUACUUAAAGCUACAUCAAAUCCCAACAAAAUAUUUCAAGCUCGAUAAGUAGAAAUUUCUGUGUAAAGAUGAAAAAUGCGAAAUAAAAUUGACUAUAUUGACA